CACUUGAAUGUAAAUACAUAAAAUAUCCAAGAAAAAUAAAAUUUAAAAAAAAGACGAGUUUGAAUCCCUAGAAUCCAGGUGAGGCUGGGCUCCAUCAUCUGUUACCCCAGUGCUCUUGGGGCAAGAUGGAGAGAUGAGAAUCUCCCAAAAGUCACAGGCCAGCUACCCUGUCAUACACAAAAGAGGACAAAGACCCUGUCUCAAGGUGAGAGCGUGUAACACACACACACACACACACACACACACACACACACACACACACACACGUCCAGUAAAGAUAGAAACAGGCCAACAUGUCUGUCCACCUGAUGAGAAGUGUUUUCUAGCAUAAAGGCAGAAAUCAUAUAAAAAUGGGUAGGUGUGAGUUUAGUUGAAUUUAGUGGAAUCGUGGUCUGGUCUUGAACCAGUGAGGUAAAUGUGCUUCCAGGUUUAAUUUCGUUUAAGAUGUGAUCCCUGAGUAUAUCACUGAGGGAAUGGGGAGGUAAGGUAGAAGGGGAAAGGAGAGGCCUGUUAAGGGAAGUUCAGACGACCUAUGGAUAAAUGACAAAGAGAACCAUAUGGUAGGUGUUUGUGUGUGUGUGCCUUGGAGUUCUGUUUAUUCUGUGAGUAAAAUUCUAAAAUUCCUGAGGUUAACAUGUUUCUCUCAAUGCCACAUUCAAUGACAUCUGCCUUGCUUUCUUCCCCACUGGGUGACAAACCCGCCCUACUCUGAAUCCACCCUGGGUCUCCUGAGCAGAGUCGCUGAGUUAUGAAAAUGGCGUUAAUGAGCCACGGCUGACUCCAAACAGCACUAGGAAUAAGGUAAGAGCUAAGGGUGAUGGAUGAAAGGCUGCCCUGGCACGGAAAGAACCAAGCGAGUUGUGUGGAAGCUGUGCAGCUUGCGCGUCCUGGUUGCCCCGGCAACACCGCAGCGGCUCAGUCUCUGGGGAUUUCUAGGGUUGCAGCCACUGGGACCCCCUGAGGCUAUACAGUGCGUCACCUUCGCCAGAGGCUGUGCUGUAAGUGCAGGUGCCGCGCCGUACGUCAAGUCCAUCGGCUCACUAAAUUAAGUCUCUCUAACUACAAUGGAAAAGUACGAAAAGCUGGCUAAGAUUGGAGAAGGGUCUUAUGGGGUCGUAUUCAAGUGCAGAAACAAAUCUUCCGGACAAGUAGUAGCUAUCAAAAAAUUCGUGGAAUCCGAAGAUGAUCCCGUCGUUAGAAAAAUAGCCCUGCGAGAGAUCCGCAUGCUGAAGCAGCUGAAACACCCAAACCUUGUGAACCUCAUCGAGGUGUUCAGAAGAAAGAGAAAGAUGCAUUUAGUUUUCGAGUACUGUGAUCACACGCUGUUAAAUGAGCUGGAGAGAAACCCAAACGGAGUUUCUGAUGGAGUUAUCAAAAGUGUGCUGUGGCAAACCCUUCAAGCCCUUAACUUCUGCCACAAACAUAAUUGUAUCCAUCGGGACGUAAAACCCGAAAACAUCCUAAUAGCCAAGCAAGGAGUGAUAAAGAUUUGUGACUUCGGAUUUGCACGAAUUCUAAUUCCAGGAGAUGCCUACACAGACUAUGUUGCCACCAGGUGGUACCGAGCCCCUGAACUUCUUGUGGGAGACACGAAGUACGGCUCCUCUGUGGACAUAUGGGCUGUCGGCUGUGUUUUUGCAGAGCUCCUGACCGGUCAGCCACUCUGGCCAGGAAAAUCAGAUGUGGACCAACUUUAUCUGAUCAUCAGGACAUUGGGAAAGCUGAUCCCAAGGCAUCAGUCUAUCUUUAAAAGUAACCAGUUUUUCCGUGGCAUCAGCAUACCCGAACCUGAGGACAUGGAGACUCUUGAAGAAAAAUUCUCAAAUGUUCAGCCUAUGGCUUUAAGUUUCAUGAAGGGGUGUCUGAAGAUGGAUCCUGAUGAGAGGCUGACCUGUGCCCAGCUGUUGGACAGUACCUACUUCGAGUCUUUUCAAGAGGACCAAAUGAAAAGAAAAGCCCGCAGUGAGGGGAGAAGCCGAAGGCGUCAGCAGAAUCAACUGCUGCCCCUCAUACCUGGAAGCCACAUCUCCCCCACACCUGAUGGGAGAAAACAAGCCGUCCAGUUAAAAUUUGAUCAUCUUCCAAACAUUUAGGGAACCUGUCCUUCCCAGCGUAUUCUUUUGAUGUGUAUACACAUGUACAAGAUAGGAAUCUUCCGCAUCUCGAAUGCAAACGAGCGAUGUGAAUGGGAAGGCACCUCUGAUCGCCACAGGCUCCUUCCCUGUGCUUUUUCCACACCAACUCCAUCUCCUAGAACAUUCUCUUUAAACGUUGCAAUGCCAAAAUGGCACAUAUGAGAGACACUUCCAGUUUCACCGGAGCUGGGCUGCCUCAGGGCAGUUGAUACUGCGAGUCUGUGGACUACAAUUCAACUUAGGAAACGAUCUCUAUAUAGCGUCUCACUUCAGCUGACUAUGUGACGUCCUGAAGCAGACCCAGAUCUGCUGGCUGCUGUUUGUGGAGGAGAUGGCCCUGUGCCUGCUCACCAGAAUUUCUUCUCUGUGUAGCUGGGUCUUUCUUUAGCCUGCAUUUAUGUCGCUGCGGCCUGGUGCUCAUGAAAGGUGGCCUAGGUUUACCUCUUGACUUCACGGCAGAUGCUAUUUUCCUUCUUAUGAGGAACUGAUGAGUCUGCUUUUAAAAUGAGCUGGAGAAAAUUCCAAACAUGACCUGUAGUGGACAGACUACAAGGAAUCACCCACCACAUCACAGUAAUGUCCCUCGAUCCCUGACUGCCCCCUCUAAGGCUAUGCUGGUUCACCAUGGCUUCUCUUUCUUAUCUUCUUAAAUCUAUUCGUGCAUAUGAGAAAGAGGAAGAGGGGUGAAAGUCAAAGGACAAGAUGGAGGCCAGCCUGAUCUACAUAGCAAAGCCUUGUCUCAACACCCACCCUCUAAGGUUGUUUGAACCAAAUCCCUGCCGCUGACUGUAUAAGAUAGGAAUAAUUCCUACAUGUGUAGAUGCCAUUUUUCAUUUGUUGAAAUAUCUAAAGAUCUUGCUAGAAGUAGAAGUGUGCUAAAUGCUCUUGACAUAGUAGGUGUCUUAGGAUUUCACUUCUGACCGCAUCACCGUUAGAUUAAAAAAAAAAAAAUCAAAGGGGUUGGGGAUUUAGCUCAGUGGUAGAGCGCUUGCCUAGCAAGCGCAAGGCCCUGGGUUCGGUCCCAGCUCCGAAAAAAAGAAAAGAAAAAAAAAAUCAAAGAAUGGGUAUGUAUUACUCUACAUCUUAGAAUCAUACCUGUUUUAGCUACACUGAACCUUGUGAAAGGCUGGGGCCAUAGCUGAACCUGUGCAGUUCUUGUCUAUGUGCAGGAAACCCUUGGGUUUUGUCUCCCAGUGUGGAAUAAAACAGCUGUAGUCACACCUGCCUGAAAUUAGAAAUUCAAAGUCACUGUCCUUGGCUACAUAAAAAGCUCAAGACCAUGCUGGGCUAAAGUCUUCCAGGCAUGACGAUCCGUGUUUGUAUCAAGGGGCAGGAAGGGAGAUUCCAAGGUCAGGGCUAGCCAAGGCCAAGUGUGUGAGGCUUCUCCAGCAAAACAAAAGCAAACGAAUAGGAGUUGUUGACAGUAGUCACUGGCCAUUUCUCUAAAUAUCAUCCCGCUGAAGAAGAUGCUUAGUUCAUUUUAUAAUGCAUUAAUGCAGAAGCUGGGUGAUUUCAGAUCACUUGAAAUUGUAGCUCUUGUCAAUUAGCAUUUAAUAAUUAACAUAAUGAUAGUCUAAACUAUUAGAGCUUACUAUAAAGUAGUUUUGCUUGAAUUAUAUGAAACAUAUAAUGUUAUGGAUUUAAAAUUUUAACUUAAGAUGUUUAGGAAAGCUAAGGAUUAAACACUUUAGUGACUGUAUAUGUGUGUAUAUACCUUGACUGUUCUUUAAUUUAUUUUAAUAAAAGCCAGAAACGUU